AUGGGSCGGUGGGCGCUGGCGGCCGCGGCGUUGGCGGCGCUGCUCGGCGCGCUGCGGGCCGACACGCCGGCCAACUGCUCCUUCGCGGACCUGCAGGGCACCUGGGAGCUGCGCGUGUGGCGGGGCAGCGGCGGCCGCCACAGCAACUGCUCGCAGCCCGGAACCGUGGAAAGGAAAGUGGUAGUGAGUCUUCAGAAAYUGGACGUGGCCCAGGACAGCCUGGGCAAUUAUGGCUUCUUCACUCUGAUUUACAACCAAGGYUUUGAGCUUGUGAUAAAUGACUACAAAUGGUUUGCCUUUUUUAAGUACAAAAAGGAAGGCCAGAAUGUGACCAGCUACUGUAAUGAGACUCUACCUGGAUGGGUACAUGAUGUACUUGGGCACAACUGGGCUUGUUUCAGUGGGCACAAGAUUUCUUCCGCUUCUUCAGAUGUUCAUACAAACGAGCUGCCUUUCCAGAAACCUAGAGGAAGACUUUCAAGCAGACGUUAUGUGCACAACUUUGACUUCGUAAAUGCUAUCAAUACUCUCCAGAAGUCCUGGAGAGCAACAAGGUAUGAAGAAUAUGAAAACCUAGCCCUGGAAGAGCUAACCAGAAGAAGUGGGGGUCUCUAUUCCAGAGCUCCAAGACCAAAGCCUGCACCCAUAACACCGGAGUUGCUCAAAAAAGCUUCAAGCUUGCCGGAAUCUUGGGACUGGAGAAAUGUGAAUGGUGUCAAUUAUGUCAGCCCAGUUCGGAAUCAAGCCUCAUGUGGCAGCUGCUAUGCCUUUUCUUCCAUGGGUAUGCUGGAAGCAAGGAUACGUAUCCUAACAAACAAUACUCAGAAGCCAGUCUUUAGUCCGCAGCAGGUUGUGUCUUGCAGCCAGUAUUCUCAGGGGUGCGAUGGUGGCUUUCCAUACCUCAUUGCUGGAAAGUAUGUCCAAGAUUUCGGCGUUGUGGAAGAGGACUGCUUCCCUUACACGGCUGAAGAUUCUCCAUGCACUUUCAAGCGCAACUGCUAUCACUAUUACUCUUCUGAGUAUCAUUAUGUUGGUGGCUUCUAUGGAGGCUGCAAUGAAGCCCUGAUGAAACUUGAGCUUGUUCUGCAUGGGCCAAUGGCUGUUGCCUUUGAAGUUUAUAAUGAUUUCAUGCUCUAUAAAGAGGGAAUCUACCAUCACACUGGGCUGCAGGAUGACUUCAACCCUUUUGAACUGACCAAUCAUGCUGUCCUGUUGGUGGGCUAUGGUAAAGACCCAGAAAGUGGUGAGAAGUUCUGGAUUGUGAAGAACAGCUGGGGCACCUCAUGGGGAGAGAAUGGCUAUUUCCGAAUCCGCCGUGGCACUGAUGAAUGUGCAAUUGAGAGCAUUGCAGUGGCUGCAACUCCUAUUCCAAAGCUAUAAAUGCAAAGAUCCUCAUCCAGUGCCUUGUCUGAGAAGCAAAUCUCCAGCUGUAAAAACAUACUGAUUGUUAAAAGGGACUACAGCUCACAUCUGUGCCCUGUCUUAAUCGAGGGAGCUUUAAGAAUUUUUCCAGAACAGGGGAAGCAAUUUCUCCAAUGUUAAGUGUGCACAUUGGAUAGCUUGGCUCUGAACACUGUGGACUUUUUUUCUGGAGUCUGACAGUAAAUCAUCUAGARUGCAAUUGCCAUUACAGUAACAGUGGUGAUCGCUCCUCAUCACUGAAUAUAAAUCCUCAGUCAGCAGUUGCAUUUCUUCCAUGGAUAACUUUGAACUUUAGAUUUCAUAGUUUAUCAUAAUAAUGGCUUCUCCAUACUCUAAAAGGACACUGUAGUGCCUUCUCAAAAUCAGGAAAUUACUGCUAUUUAAAAUGUAAGUGUGCAUGUGGGUGAGGGAAUAAGCAAUUAUACUGAUUAAAAGGAAAUUUGUAAGGCUUCAAGCAUUUAGCAAAAACYGCCUCUCAGGCCCUUAUGACCGUAAAAAUUGAUUCUAUAUCUUGAACUGAUACUGGAUGUU